UUCCCUCUCACGCUUCCCUCUGUGUCACGAAACUGCCUUUAAGUACUGCUCUCACCAUUACAAUAAGGAGCCCAAACCCAACAAAGUAACAGCCAUGGCUUCAGAAGUUACAAACACAAAGCCGUUCCCCAUUAAAACCGUGGUGGUUUUGGUUCAAGAAAACCGCUCCUUCGAUCAUAUGUUGGGAUGGAUGAAGACCCUCAAUCCCGAGAUCGAUGGUGUUUCAUCCGGAGACGAAUACUACAACCUUUUAUCCACAACCGAUCCAAACUCGAAACGAGUUUACUUCGGGAACCGAUCGGAGUAUGUAGACCCUGAUCCGGGCCACUCAUUUCAGGCCAUUUACGAGCAGGUGUUUGGCGUUCCAUGGGGACAGUCAUCUCUGGGGGUGAAGAUGAACGGGUUUGCUCAGAAUGCAGAGAACACACAGGAAGGAAUGUCAGAUACUGUAAUGAAUGGGUUUAGGCCGGAAGCCGUGCCUGUUUAUAAGGAGUUGGUUUCGGAAUUUGCAGUAUGCGACCACUGGUUCGCAUCAAUCCCUACUUCAACACAGCCAAACCGGAUGUAUGUGCACUCUGCGACUUCGCAUGGUUUAAUCAGCAACGACACGAAGAAGUUGAUUGAAGGGUUGCCACAGAAGACCAUCUUUGAGUCACUGGAGGAGGCUGGGUUCUCUUUCGGAAUAUACUAUCAGGAUCCUCCAUCCACACUUUUCUACAGGAAUCUUAGAAAAUUAAAAUACAUAAACAAAUUUCAUCAGUUCGACCUAGACUUCAAGAGACACUGCAAGGAGGGGAAGCUGCCGAACUAUGUGGUGAUUGAACAACGAUUCUUUGAUUCAAAAUUGCGGCCAGCGAAUGACGAUCACCCCUCUCACGAUGCCUCAGAGGGUCAGAAAUUUGUGAAACAAGUGUACGAGACACUGAGAGCGAGCCCACAGUGGAAUGAAAUGAUAUUCAUAAUCAUAUAUGAUGAGCACGGUGGGUUCUAUGAUCAUGUCCCAACUCCUACUGGAGUUCCCAGUCCAGAUGGCAUUGCAAGCUCUGAGCCAUUUUACUUUAAGUUUGAUCGUCUUGGCGUUCGGGUGCCUGCCAUCUUCAUUUCUCCAUGGAUUGAACGGGGAACAGUGCUGCAUAGGCCUUCAGGACCAUAUUCUACAUCGGAAUUUGAACAUUCCUCCAUUCCGGCAACCGUGAAGAAGAUUUUCAAUCUGAAGGAGUUCCUUACAAAGCGAGAUGCUUGGGCUGGCACUUUUGAGACCGUCUUGAACAGGGAGAGUCCAAGAACAGACUGCCCAGUUACUCUGGCAGUAGAGCCGAGGAAACUGCGAGCAGCUGAAGCAAAUGAAGGGGCAAAGCUGAGUGAGUUUCAAGAGGAGUUGGUACAGUUGGCAGCUACGCUGAAUGGAGACCAUAGAAAGGACAUUUAUCCACACAAGUUAGUAGAGAACAUGACGGUUAAAGAUGCCAGCAAGUACUGCGAAGAAGCCUUCAAGAAAUUCUUAGAGGGAUGUGAGAAUGUCAAGAAGGGAGCAGAUGAAUCUGAGAUUGUUGUAUUACCAACUGCAGCAGUGCAAUCACCUCCUGAGGACUCAACUCCACCUUCUAAGUCCAAGUCCUCUACUCGGAAAAUGUUUGCUUGUUUUGUUUGCAACAACUGAUAAACAAAUCCAAUUAGCUGCUAAGCAUUCCAUUCUCUGUAUAACUGUAUGUCUGGGAUUUAUAGCUAGAAUCAGUGUCCCUGUUACAGUUUAAACAUGUAAUCCUGAUGAAAGUUCCAUUUA